AUGCCAAGAUUCAAAGAAGGUCGAACUUGGAACUUACUCAACGACGUACCAGCAAACUUCGUUCGACUCGUGAAAGAAGUCCUUUCGUUAAGACAGAAGAUCGUCUCAGAAAGGCAAGCCAUCCACUUCCUCCGCCGAUGUUUACGAUGUCACGUGAUACCUAACUUUAUCACAAAGAAACAACUACACGAAACAUGCGGACUCGGAAAAGAAAGCCGGCAACUGCAAGAGAUCGAAACCCGCAUCUUGAGAGCGGCAUUGAAGACCAAACAAGACCAUAUGUUUUCUAUGCUGACCAAAUGUGUGUUCAAAGAACAGUGUUGUCAACGCUUGGUGCCGGACGUUCUUUGGAGGAGAAUCGUGGGUGAGUCAAAGAACAUAUGUGAUUCUAUUCGCUCUAAGGCCAAGUCAAGGCUGCAGGAGAAAUUUGGCAAACUGCUAGAUCAUAGGCAAGGUCAGAGAUCGCAGUUACCAGUUAGCACUAACCAUUCGAGCCCAAACCACCAAAACUCGAACACCGCGCCAGAAAAUGCACCCUUUCCACCUCGUGUGUCACUUAUAGGUGAUGUAUUUCUUUCUAAGAAUGCGCUUUCAGUUUUGGACUUAGGCCCCAGUUUCGCUCCAUCUCAAUCAAUACGCCCCGUGAUAUCGCGCAAGAUAGUGGGCAGCCUGCAAUUGGUUCAUGAACGUCUGCGAUUGAGAGCUAAAGAGGAAGAGCAAGACAGAGUGCAAGAAACCUCUAGAGUCCGAGUUUUCCCUCCUAUCCCUUUUCCUACAUUACUGUACAAGCCACAGGAGGCAAAUUCGGUGGUAGACACUAAGUUUCGCUUAUUUGCUACUUCGGUUUUCUCAAUUCUCUCCCGGUACUCACACAAACGCGCUUUUGAAAAUCUAACACCCACACAACGCCUAGGUUUGUGCGAACUACGUGACAUCUGCGCUGAGGGGAAGAUCAAAAUCUCGGUCAGUGAUAAAGGAGGAGAAUUUGUAGUAAUUUCAAGUGAACUGGACAGGGCUAUAACGAAACUUCACCUUACGGACAAUAGUCUAUACCACCCUUCAUCGGCAUAUGAAUUUUGCAGACAAUAUCGCCGCCUGAAUAGGAUAUGGAUAGAGACUGCAAAAUCAGUAGGCUUACCAAAAACAACUAUCACGCGUCUAAAAUGUGAUCGGCCCACCUGCCCGGUCCUUUAUGUCCUCAUCAAGACCCACAAGCUUUCCGCUGCCGAAUUUAGUUCAAACAACCCAGGGGAUUUCAAGGUUAGACCUAUCAUUAGCAAUAUUGGAGGUCCUACCGACAGAAUAUCCUGGUUCCUUAACACUAUUCUCAGCCAGCUACUCCAGUACGUUCCAGCUCAUCUCUCAAACACAAAAAUGUUCAUAGAGCACCUCCGCAAAGCGCGCAUUGAUGGAGAUUGUGUCAUCGAAUCUUUCGAUGUCACUUCGCUCUACACCAACGUCUCCAUCGAUGCUGCACUACAAGCAACAUCAGAGCUGCUUCUCGAAAACCAGGGGACUCUUAACAUGUAUGGUUUUGCGAUACAGCAAAUAAUGAUGCUGCUGAGCGAAUGUUUGAGAUGUUCCGUAUUUCGCUGGUCUGGGCAAUACUAUAGGCAGAUUAGAGGCUUGGCCAUGGGACAAAGACUUGCGCCUACAUUAGCCGUUGCUUUCAUGUCUAAAGUGGAAAAACCCCUACUGGAACGCAAACCUUUGUUGUACUGCCGAUACAUAGAUGACUGUUGCAUUGUAUGUCCAACACAAGCUGAAAUGGACUCUUGCUUCGAUCUCUUAAAUAAACAAUCCCAGUACAUAAAGUUCACGAGGGAAAAACCUAAAGACAACUGGCUGCCGUUUCUCAAUGUCCAGGUUCAUUUGUGUAGGGGAAAUUGGAAAACAAAAUGGUAUCGAAAACCAAGCUGUAAAAACAUUCUGAUUCACUACCAAUCGGCGCACCCCUGGAGAACCAAAAAGUCAGUCAUUGAAAAUAUGUUUAAGACAGCGGCAACGGUUUCAUCUGAAGCUCAAGGGCGCAUUGCCUCCAUAAACAUGGCUAACUGCAUUGCUCAGUCCAAUGGGUACCCAGCAAAGGUCUCUCAUUCAAAUCGGAGCCAUGCAAUUGAGCGGCGGUGCCACAGGGUAGAACAAACAACAAAGAUCCCUUUCUGCCUUCCUUUUAUUUCGGAUGACAUGAGCAAUGCAGUGCGAGCAAGCUUACGACAGGCGGGUCUGCAAGACUCAGUCAGAGUAGUGGACAUACCACCUGUAAACCUGAAGCAACAGCUAGUCCGCAAUCGCGCAUAUGACAGACUUUGUGAGACACCGAAUUGCAUCGUUUGUCCAAACGGGAGGCAGGGUGAUUGCGUGGUAUCGGGGGUUAUCUACCUAAUCACCUGUCAGUUAUGUGGGGCUGAGUACAUUGGCGAAACAGGAAGAUCACUAUGUAUCCGCGUCAAGGAGCACCUAGACGGGCUCGUAAAAUCAAAAACAUCCUCCCCUUUAGGUGCUCAUCGCAGACAGUGUCAUGACAACAUCCCUUUCAAGAUAGCUGUCACUAUCUUGGCACGCGAAUCAGACGUUCUAGCACGAAAAACAUUGGAAGCGUUUUAUAUCACGGCCAAAAGUCCUAUCAUGAAUCGUAAAGAAGAAUGCAUCGCUGUGACCAACGAGCUGGCGCCAUAUCAGGACCUUUGCGGGUUUUGA